AUGUCAUCGAAUUCGAAUAUACCCCGCGAGGACUUCUUCAAUGACCCUCCGCAACAAACAACCAAUUUAAGACCAAACAGUGGUCUGAGAGAUACGGGCAAUAUGGCGGGUGGAGUCGAUGGAAAUGGAGGAGACUCGACAAUUCCAAAACCGAAGAGAAUUGCAUGUAUUAUAUGUCGGAAAAGAAAACUUAAAUGCGAUGGUUCAAAACCAAGUUGUUCAACGUGUACGCGAUUGGGACAUGAUUGUGCUUAUGAUCCUGUGCGAAGAAAGUCUGGCCCAAAACGUGGCUAUGUGAAAGCAUUGGAAGAAAGAUUGAAACAAGUCGAGAAUAUGCUCAAAUCGCAAGAACCUACGACUACAACUACGAGUCCAAGUACAAGCAAUGCCAGCGGGACUGGAUUGCGGACCGCCCCUACCCCAGAUCUCAACGUUCCAAGUCCGAAUAUUGGAGUAGACGGCGAGCGGUGGCGCUAUAACAAUGAAGCUCAACCAACGUUGAAUGACAUGGGAUUCUCGGCCACUAUCGGUAUGGGAAUGGGGCUCGAUGACUUUCCAUCUACGUGGGAGAUGAUUGGUCUUGGGAUUGAGGAACCGUUGCCCCUCCAAGAGGUAAUUGACGAGUUGCAUGAAAUCUACUUCGAUAAUAUUCACCCUUCACUCCCAAUGAUCCACAAAUACCGGUACCUUGCUGCCAUGAAUCUUGCGCCAAAUCAACGACCCCCAGUUUCAUUACGAUAUGCAAUGUGGACACUGGCAGCUUCUAGUUCAGAAAAAUACAUGAAUCUUAAAGACCACUUCUAUCAGCGAGCCCGAAAAUACAUGGAAAUGGAUACGUUGAAAGGAUUUGGAGAAAGCAUAAUUUCUGUCUCGCAUGCACAGGUCCAUAUUCUUUUAGCUUCUUACGAAUUUAGAAUGAUGCACUUCCCUCGAGCUUGGAUGAGCACUGGAGCUGCCAUUAGAUUAUGUCAAAUGAUGGGUCUACAUAGACUUGAUAAGCCUGGCUUAGAAGUCAAGCAGUGUCUCCCACCACCGCGAGAUUGGACAGAAAGAGAAGAAAGGCGUAGAACUUUCUGGAUGGCUUUUUGCGAAGAUCGAUAUGCUAGUGUCGGUACUGGAUGGCCUAUGACUAUUGAUGAAAAGGACAUCACAUCGGACCUACCAUCUUCAGAGGACGCUUUUAACCUGAGUAAGCCAGAAAGAACGCAAACUCUGACUGAUUCAAUGAGUCCCCAGGGCGCCUCUAAGUUGUCGCCAUUCGCUGGUGUUGUUUUGAUGGCCUCACUCUUUGGAAGAAAUCUCCUACAUCUACAUCGUUCUGAUCCUGAUUAUCGUGACAACGAUUUAAAUGGGGAAUUUUGGAGGCGACACCGACACAUGGACAACAUUCUCCUAAAUACAUCCCUUUCUCUACCUUUUCACCUUCGAUUGCCUCACGGGAUGGCCAAUCCUAAUAGUGUAUUUUUAAACAUGAAUAUUCACGCUUCCACCAUCUGCCUACAUCAAGCAGCAAUAUUCAAAGCUCAAAAUAAUCGAUUACCUGAUACUGUCACCGCCGAAAGCAAAAUCAGAGCCAUUAGUGCUGCUAAUGAGAUCACGAGAAUUAUGCAGAUGAUCUCGCAUAUGGAUUUAUCAACUAUGAAUCCAUUCAUAUCUUUUUGUCUCUACGUAGCCGCACGCGUCUUUGUUAAACAUCUCGACGAUACACCAAAAGAUUCUCCAGUUUCAGAUUCCCUAAGAUUUCUCUUGAAAGCCAUGAAUGCUUUAAAGAAGAAAAAUCCUUUGACAGAGUCCUUUCUUGUACAAUUGGACGUUGAUUUGGAGGCCAUGGGAUUGCGUAAUAAUAAUAAAUUCAAAGACGGUCCCUGGAACGAGACUUUGCUGGGAUCCAAAGAGACUGGGAUACCCGGAAUGGGUACAACUGUCAUUGGACCAAAUGAUCAAACUGGGUGUAACAUUGUGCGAUUCAUAGAUGGAGGAGGUCCAGAUGACUUCCGAGUGGUAGGCGAAAGUCCUACUAACCCUCAGGAAACAUCACGCAGUAUUUCUGCCGAUACCAAAAAAAGAAUCAGGAGAGCGUCAACAAGCCCUGGAGUUGAUCCAUUUCCUCGAAGCUUCGACGUGGAACAGAGAGGCUGGCCUAGGCUGAACGAACUCUCACAAGCUCGAGAUCUGAGGCAAGGCGUACCUGUUAGUCAAAGCAAAGCACCAAACGGCAAUACAUACAACCACGAUAGUACAAGUCCCGGCACGAGAACAGGUCUAUCUUCCAAUACUGGCAAUACUUCCAACAAUCCAACACUGAAAUCCGCGUCUGACGUCCGACCUUCUAAUGUACAACAUGGGCAGACUACUACGAACACUGGAUCCUAUGGAACUCGUCCAGCACCAGAUGCGGAUCGCGAUGUUCGUCUCAUGGAUGCCUUUUUCUCGACACCUCCGGGAUAUAAUAAUAUUCCAGCUGGGUCGAAUAUAUCAUCGUCAGCAUAUAGUAUGCCAGAAACGCCUGGAAGAACAUAUACAACUCCGGGUCCAUGGCCGCAGCAGACUACAACGGGGCUGACGCCGGUUGGGGAGGGGGUAUUUAGACAUCUGAUGGAGUUGGGACCCAUGGAUCCAAUGGACAUAUGGGAGGGGGGUCAUUGA